AUGGCUCGCCGUGGACACCUGGAUGGACUGACUGCCCAAGCUCCAGCUCUGAUGCGCCAUGGUUCCUUCGCUGCAGGCAGCCUCUCUAGCCACUCACCUUUGCAGUCUUCAUCCACACUGGAGAUGCUGGAGAGCAAGCUUGCCAUGCAAACUGUAGAAGUGGAAAAGCUUAUCAUGGAGAAUCAGCGGUUAGCAUCAAGCCAUGUGGUCUUGAGGCAGGACAUUGUUGAUACGGAGAAAGAGAUGCAAAUGAUCCGCACCCACCUAGGUGAAGUUCAGACAGAGACUGAUUUGCAGAUUAGAGAUUUAUUGGAGAGAAUCAGAUUAAUGGAGGCAGACAUACAUAGUGGUGAUGCAGUGAAGAAGGAGCUUCACCAAGUGCAUAUGGAGGCAAAGAGACUUAUUACUGAAAGGCAGAUGCUAACCCUUGACAUAGAUAAUGCGACUAAAGAAUUACAGAAAUUCUCUGCCUCUGGUGAUGGUAAAAGCCUUCCUGAAUUGCUUGCUGAGCUAGAUGGGCUACGGAAAGAGCAUCAUAAUUUACGAUCUCAAUUUGAAUUUGAGAAAAAUACAAACAUCAAGCAAGUUGAGCAGAUGCGGACAAUGGAAAUGAACCUGAUAACCAUGACUAAACAAGCUGAGAAGUUACGUGGUGAUGUGACAAAUGCUGAAAGGCGGGCACAGGCAGCUGCGGCUCAAGCAGCGGCACAUGCAGCUGGUGCACAGGUGACAGCUUCGCAGCCUGGGACAGCUCAAGCUACAGCGGUUUCAGCAGCAGCUACAGACCCAUAUGCAGGUGCAUAUGCCAGUUACCCCUCGGCAUAUCAGCAGGGAGCCCAGGCUGGGGCAUAUCAGCAGGGAGCCCAGGCUGGGGCAUAUCAGCAGGGAACCCAGGCUGGGGCAUAUCAGCAGGGAGCCCAGGCUGGGGCAUAUCAGCAGGGAACCCAGGCUGGGGCAUAUCAGCAGGGAACCCAGGUUGGGGCAUAUCAGCAGGGAACCCAAGCUGGGGCAUACCAGCAAGGAAACCAGGCUGGAGCAUACACCUAUGCUUAUGAUGCUGCCACGACUUACGCAUAUGCAGGUUACUCUGGCUAUGCAGUUGCUGGCUAUGCGCAAAGUUCAGUGCCCAAUUAUUCCUAUGCCGUACCUCCGCAGCCAAGCAGCGGUGCAGCUACAGACGCCGCAAGCCUGUAUGGCGCAGCUGGUAGUGCUGGAUAUCCUACUGGGCAAGUUCAGCCAAGCAGUGCCACUGCAAAUGCAGCGCAACCACCUCCACCACGGCCGACAGCACCAUAUCCUAGCACAUAUGACGAACCCAGAGGAGCCCAGAGGUGA